GUGCGUACCGUCGCUAUGCGUAUCUACGUAAUACUUGAAGUCGCAAUGGCUGCCAAUAAAAUGACGCAAGCGGCAUCAAGAAAGCGAUAAUCCUGACACUUGGAGUUUUACAGAGCAUGAUUUUCAACUUUUUAUUGAAUCUUCACAUCAAGGCAACAACCACUUUAUGCUGACAGUGACACCAAGCAGCCACUAUUAAACCAGUCGUUAACCGCUCCGAGACAACCAAACCCAAGCAACCAUGGGUUGUGGAUCCUCCCAGAGCCUGCCCCUGUCACAGACCUACGAAGUCUCCUCGGUCUGGGACGCCGUAUCAAGGACAGUGGAAGCCAGGCGAGAAGGCUCCGACAAGCUCAUCGUCAGACGGUCGGGAUGGAAGACGAUACGCAUCUUUGUUUCUUCAACCUUCAGGGAUUUUCACGCAGAGAGAGAACUCUUCAUCAAGGAGGUAUUUCCAGAACUGAGGAUAUGGUGUGAGAAAAGAAGACUUUACCUCGUGGACUGUGAUCUGAGAUGGGGUGUCCCAAAAGAUACCACAUCAGAAGAAACUCUACGAACAUGCCUGAGUGAAAUUGACCGCUGCUACCAAGAUAACAUCAUGCCCUUCUUUCUCAAUCUCACAAGUCCUGAACAACUUAGGAAGCUGAUCCCCUACAUCUCUCAGUUUCAGAUUCCUGACGAUUCAGGCGAGCGAUGUGGUUGGAUUCCAAAUCAGAUGGACGUACCAGAAUCCGUCAUGACGGAAUACCAGUGGAUUAUGGGGUUGUCGGUCACCGAGAUGGAGAUCAUGCAUGCUGCCUACAGGAAGACCAACCCGAACUCCAUAUUCUUCAUGAGAGGUUCCACCUUCUUGGAAUCGCUCCCGGAGAAAUACAAGAAGGACUUUGUAGACGUCAACCCGAUCGCCCCAGAGAAACUGAACAUGCUCAAACAGAUGCUCAAGGAGAGAUUUGGGACUAAUCAAGUGCACUUCUAUGAGUGUCAGUAUAAUGGAAUUGGUGAUGACGGACAAGUAGAGUUAUGUGGAAUGGAUUCACUCAGAGAUAAGGUGUUUGAAUUCUUCACGGAGCGAAUCUCUGAGCAGUACCCCCUGGACGAUCGUCCCUUGGACCCUUACCAGCAGGCCAAGGAGGCCCACGAAUCCUUCAUGAAGAACAGGAGCGGCUGCGUCUUGGGACGGACGGUCAUCCUGGAACAGAUCAAGGACUACGUGGUGGGGAUGUCGUCCACCGCGCCCGUCCUGCUCCUCGGCGGACCGGGCACGGGCAAGUCCUCCAUCAUGGCCAAGGUCGCGGAGGUGUCGGUGACCAAGGCAGCUACCAGGGAGAUACCAGGAUCUCCCGAGAUUGGAUGGCACGUCUUCUACCACUUUGUAGGGGCUGUCCCUGGAUCCCCCAACCUGGAGGUGGCCCUCAAGAGAUUCCUUAAGGAGAUAGGAGCAGUCAACGAGAGUCAGAUGCCCAAGGAUCUUGAAGAGACCUGUCAGGUGACCUAUGCAGCUCUGUCUAACCCCAACACCAGACCUGUCAUCAUCAUCAUUGAUGCCCUCAACCAGUUUGAUGAGAGCAAAGAGUCUACUGUGCUGACCUGGCUCCCUAACAAGCUGGCGCCUCAGAUCCGUUGCAUCUUCUCAAUGAUAGACCAGACACCCCAGCAUCAGACGUUGGGACUUCGAUCUAACGCUCCCACCGAGAUCUUUGUCACACCCCUCGAUAUGGAAUCUAGAGAGGCCAUUGUGAAGGAGACACUUGGCAAUUACAACAAGAGACUCGACGAGGAACAGAUGGCCAACCUCCUGAGCAAGGAGUCUUCCCAGAAUCCUCUCUGGUUGUCUGUGGCCUGUGAAGAGCUCCGAGUCUUCGGAGUCUUCUCCAAGGUUACCGACAAGAUCAACAAGUUGGCCGACGGACUUCUGAAUCUCCUAGCCCAGGUGUUUGAUCGAUUUGAAGAAGAGAAUGGAGGGGAGCUGCUGGUUGCUACCCUAUGCCUGCUGGAGUGUUCCAACACUGGACUCCUGGAAACAGAACUACUGACGAUCCUGGGUGAUGAAGACAAUCUGAUGCCAAACGCUUCCUGGUUUAGUCCUGGAGCUGGGGGAGAGAAGAAAGACUCCAGGGAAAAGAAAGAGAAGGACAUCGGCCCACUGUCUGCUCACAAGUGGGCCCGGGUGUUCCGUGCUCUCAAACCCUUCCUCAGGCCGUUUGGAGAGAGUGGAGAGGGGCGUCUGGACUUCUACCAUCGCUCUCUCAGCAAAGCUGUCAGGAAAAAGUAUUUGAAGAAGAAUGGGGAGGAGGAUCAGAAGAAGUACCACUGGUGGCACACCAAACUAGCCGACUUCUUUCAGGGAGUCUCAACUAUCGAGAGGAAAUGUGAGGAAUAUCCUUUCCAUCUGAGCGUGAUCAAAGAUGAGAGACGUCUAGCAGCCUUCUUGACGGAGUGGGAUGUGUUCGAUGAGUUCUUCAAACUUGAGUUCAGUGCAGAUCUCUUGGCAUAUUGGAGGAAGGCUGGUGGUCCAGAAAAAAUGGAGGAAUGUUACAGGAAAUCACUGGAAGCCUUAAACAACGACCCGGAGGUGGAAAGAGAAGAUGUCGCUCUGCGUUAUGAGAAAGUUGCUAGAGUCCUGAUGCAGGCCAGUCAGCUGAAGACGGGUUACUCCAUCCUAGAGACGGCCAUGCAGAUGGAGAUGGAUGAACUAGGAGCUAGAGAGGAGAGGCUGCUCGUUCUCUAUGAUCUGGUUGCCAGCUGGAACAACGAGCUUCUAACGCUUCAUGACUGGAUUACCACGAAAAUGUUCCCCAACCUUCGACCGUCAAUCUCAAAUCGUCGCAAGUCCUUGGCUAUCAGCAAGAAAUUCCUGGACAGGGGAGAGUCCUUCAAGUUUAAGCGUGCCUUCUCUUUGAUGAAACUGGCAUUCAACCUGAAGACGUGGUACGUGUUGAAAGGAGACAAUGAGAUGUCGGCUACAGAGGCCAUGGAUCUUGGGUUCGCCAGCUUGAAGGAAGCCAAGGAACUCUUCACAGAGAUAAACGACAAGGGACAUUUGGCCGAGUGCUUGAUGAACGAAUCUCUUCUGGUUGGUGAGACAAAGCAAGUGGAUGCAUUGGAGAUCUUCAAGAGGGCAGAAGAACUAUGCCUGGAGGCGUACGGGGAGAUGAGCGUCCUGGCGAGUCGUCUUUUCACCAACAUGGGCAUCCUCCUUGAAGAGAUGAGACAGAAGGAAGAGGCAUACGAUUACUUCGUCAGGAGUAGGGAGAUCAAAGUGGCUGUGUUUGGUCCAAAGCAUCCUCAGACCCAGCGGCUCGAUAGGGUGUUAGCCGAGGAGGAUUAUGCUGCCAUCGCAAGACGGAGAAAUACCAUCGAUCAGAAUCAGGGCUAUUAAAUAGGUACCAGUGGAACAUCAAAACUUCAAAGCAUGCUAUUGGUGUUUGAACAUUACCUUAUAGUGGAAACUGGUAAAAUAUCAAUUUUCCAUGAAUCUGAGAUAACUACGACCCUUUUAUUUUCAAAAUAAAGCAUUGCUGCAAGUUUAGUAAAGUGUGACAAAAGUCCAUUGAAAAUAGGCUACUAAAGUUCACAGAAAUCGGCAAAACACACAUUAAAAAAAAAUAAAAAACUAGAUUUAAAUCAUUUUCGGCCAAAAGAAAUUGAAACUCCUCAAAAUGGCAAAUUGUUAUGUUUUUCCAUCAAUCCAAGCUAACUGUGACCUGUGAACUGUAGAUUGCAUAGAAUAUAACUCCAAAUUCCUUGCAAAGUGGCAACAAACCAACAUUUGACAAAAAUCACAAGGGUUUUAAACCGCUAGUUUAUGAUUUUUGGCCAAGCAUUGAGAAUUUUCAUCAGGGCCUAUUUUAAUGUUUUUUCUAGUAAUCGGAGCUUAAUGUGACCCUGAUCCAUUGAAAAUAGGGUAUUACAGCAAAUACCAUGAAAAUGAUUUGGCAAGUUUUAAUCAGUAUAACCUGACCAUACACUAAAGAACUCUGUCUACCCAUCAAUAUAUUUAGCUUUAAAUAAAAUGUGUUUGCUUUGCAUGCCCAAGCUCUUUCAUGUAUCAUAUAUGUUUAAAAGCAACUAGAUUUUUAUAAGACUAACAUUUGUAAGUUAUUUUGUUAAGCUUUUCUGUACAGCGUAGAAUACAAGUAUUGAGACUGUAAAUUAUUAGCGUAGAUAUUUCAGUGUGAUACCAUAAGUCUGUUUUUUGUGUGAACAUAUUUCAUUUUCUUAUUAAUAUGAUCAAGGACAUUUGUGUUCUUUCUGUAUAUAGUUAAUUUUCUUGACUUGGAGAGAAAUGCCACAGUAACCUCAUAUUUGAGACAUGUCUAUUUUGAUAUAGAAUGCGAUAUAGUUUUGUAAUGUUACCAUGUUUGAUAUUUUAAAACAAUGUUAUUUAUAGAGUAAUAAUGCUUCUAUUAAAAAACAUUUUUAUGAACAUUUUUUUUUUUAGACAAAGAAGAGAGAUUGAUAAAUUGAUAUUUUGGGGCAAUUUCAGGAUUAGGCAUUGUUUAGUAUUGCAAUGAAUUAUGUAACUAGAAUGAUGCAUUCAUCUUGUAAAGAAUAAGAAGUCUUGCUACUUCUGUCUUGAAAUAAUGUUCAUUUAUCCUCUUUUUAUUCAAUGUUGAAAUUCUAUUGAAAGCUACUGAUCUUUGGAUUGCAAAAUAUGAAUUUAUAUUUGUUUUCUUUUCAUUUUUAAACUGAUGUUCAUUUUUUUUUUGCAACUAAGAAACAAAGAAAGCAUCCACGGAAGGCAAAUAUUAAAUGUUAACUGCAAUAUGACGUCUCAAAAACCUUGAUGUGUAUAUAAGAAAAAGAAAAGGCUUCUAAGAAAAAGGGUAUGUACAUUGAUAAGAAAGACGCCCUUUUAUAUUUUACAUAUAUGUAUUACUUUUUGUAAAGGGGGGGGGGGGCAAUUAAAAAAUGUGUUGUUGAAUGUAAGCUACAUAUUGGAAAUUUACACAUGUAUUGAACCCGUCAAUUACAGAGACUUGUUUCAUAAAACUUUUAUCAAAUCAAUAACAAAUGUGAAAUUUCUAGGACAAAUUUGCUCUUGGCCAAUCAGAGGCCACAAUUUCAGGAGCUUUUAAGAGUUAUUGUAACUCGUUGUUGAUAAAAAAGUUUAAUGAAACUGGGCUCUGAUUGUAGACCAGCCAAAUUAACAUAAUGCUGAAAUAAAGCUUGAAGAAAUUGCAUAUGCAACUUCAGAACCCAUGUUCUAAAUUGUAUCAACUUUGACGUUAUUUAGGGUGUUUUAGUAUUGGCUUUAUGCUGAAAUCCAAAUAUAUACUUUUGAAUCCAUUUUAUACAAAGAAAACGUGCACAAUAUGUGUUCUCAAUUUCGGUCUUUAUUCACAUACAUUAUUCCCUCUUUCACUAUGCAAUAAAGAGUACAUUGAUAGUAUUACCUAAAUACGCACUGUGUGCCCUAUAAUUUAAAAUAAUACAUGUAUCUCAAGGAUUACAUUAUUUAUUAAUUGUACAUGUAUUAUUUAUCUGCCAUUCAAUCAUAUCUUCUGCAUCUGAUUUGUAGAUAUUGUUAUUCCAAUGAGACAAUAUGAGCUGAGGUAAUCAUGGAUUUUGUUUCAAAGGGCAACUGUUCUGAAAUAAAUAUUCAUCAUUUAUUCCCCCUUGUUUGGAGCCCAUGAAGUACGUGUAUAAGUUAAAUUUGACCCAAUACCCUAUUAUGUACAGAAAAUUUAUCAAAUAUAAAACUCAGAUUUUGUUUUUUCUCAUCAUAAACUAGGGUUUUCUGGAUGAUUUGGCUAUUGAUACUGUGCAGCAUAUCCCAAUUGAUUUGCCUUUUCUCUGUUAAUUCAAUGGAAUGCCAACAUUGUGGUUCCAUUUUAUUUCAAUAUAUGUAAGUGCUGCACCAUUCAUAAACCCCCUACAGAAACGAUUCUUGAUGCGGCGGGAUAUGGACAACGGUGUGUAACGCACAGAAUUGCGUCUAUGUUUGUACAUGUACACCAACUAAUUUAUCAGUGACAUUUGCAUUCAACUGAAAAUAAAGAAUAUUUACACAA